CAACAAACAAACAAAUGAAUGUGUGCUACACUUCCUGUCAUACACCAGAUAGUGGAAGUACGACGACGGAGGUGGCCAAGGGAGAUGAUAUGCUUUUUAAGUCGUGUACAAUUUCUCUUACUACCGCCGAAUACUGAGUAUGUCUAUUAACUUCUGUCAUCCUGUAUACCAACCCCAUAUAUCAACAUCAUCGGUGUCUUCGGAUGGCUACGAAGUCAAUAACCUUAUCAAGGCCAGAAACGGCAUCUUCAAGACUCCAGGAUUUCUUGCUGCCCAUUUCAUCAAGCCACCGGUGGAUAUCGUUUGUGAAUUUCCAUGUAACAUAUAUCUUGAUAAGAUUAUAAUUGAUCCCUGUGUAGGCGCCCAGAAAUCAAGCAGUUUUGAGGUUUUUACUAAAAGCAUACCUACGCAUUCUCGUGAAACUUGGCUGUUCGAUAGCGAUGCUGUGAAAAAGAGUGAUGCCCCAAGAAGAGCAUUAAGAAACUGUUCUGAUGUAGCCGUGCCUGUUGGAAAAGCAUUCAGUCUUGAAAAUGAUAUGACCCAAUUCACUUUCUUAAACAGAAGUUUCAGAGCCAGGCCUCCAUUCUUUAACAACGACAAUGUUACAAUAGAAGCACCUGGUUUUGUUGUGCGCGAAAUGAAACACCAUUCACCACAGUCACUAAUGAAUGUCAGUCAUGUUAUUAUUCGCAUAAGUCGAGUCGUUAGCGGUUCUGUACCAGCACUAGGAAGACUUGAAAUAUAUGGACAGCCUGCUAGCUUUCAUAACAGUGAAAUUCGAGAUAAAGUGUACUCCCUAUAUAAAUCACUUAGUGAGAAACCACUGAAGAAGAAAAAGAAAAGUUCCACUAGCUCUGCAACACCUGUGACUAGUAGACAGAGGUCAGAAAAAAAUCAAAUCUCUAAAAAUAUCCCAGAAUGCUCUGUAGACUUCAUUGAUCCAAUCACAUGCGAGGUGAUGUCACUUCCUGUUUUAUUACCUUCAGGAAGUACUAUUGAUCAAUCAACUUUAGAUAAACAUAUAGUGUCUGAGGCACGGUGGGGUCGAAAACCCAGCGAUCCCUUCACAGGAAUUGUGUUCACUGAUACUAAAAAGGCAAUACCCAAUGCAAAACUCAAAUCCAGAAUAGACCAGUUCCUCUUAAAGGGUGGUGAUAGGUUGAAAUCUGUUCCAAGAACAGUUGGCAGAGCAACUGAUUUACAUAAUUUUGGAGUAUCACCAAGUGCCCUUGUUAAAGACUUGCAAGCUAUUCCAAGGAAUGCAAAUGAUGCAGUAAAUUUAAAUGAGGAUAUAGCCAAAGUUGGGUUGAGCAAGGAAAGCGAGGUCUCGCAUGAAAUUAGGACCCGGAAAAGAAAAAGAAAGCAAAAUCAUUCAACUGAAGAAUUGGGAAAAAGAACAAAGAACGUAUUAGAUGAUACAGCUACAGUAUCAAGAGAAAAACCAAAAGAAAGACUGCCCUCUACAGUCACUACUACACUGCCACAGAUGGCGCUGUCCUCCAGCAGAAUGUUGCUUAGUGGGAAAUACAGAAUGAAUGUAGAAGUUCCUGUUCCAAGUAGCAGUGGUGGUGUUUGGAAAGGUGCACAAGACACGAGAUCUCAUGAAGAAAAGCUAACUUCAAGUCUGGACGAUGCUUUGACUGACACACUGAGCAUAUUUGGCAGUUUCAAAAAGAAUUCAAAAGAAACAGAUGUACAGCAUGACCCAGAAAAACAUGAGAUAUGUUCUACAUGUACCAAGGCAUCAUCUAGUGGCAUCACUAUGUACAAAUUACAGUGUCAUCAUCUUUUGUGUCGUGCCUGUCUUACGAAAAGAUCACCAGGAUCCAAACAUAUCAAAUGCUGCAAAUGCCACCAGAUGUCUUCUCCUGAUGCAAUCAUACGCUUUCAUUCAAAGAAUGCUCGCUAAUCAUCGAUUUCAAUACAUUCCAGUCUACUUCUAUGAAGCAAAAAACAUUUAUGCACUGUUUGAUCAUUCCCCUUAAUCUAUACAAUUACUAAUGCAAUCUGUCUACUUACUGUCACUGUCGUAUUGUUUCAUACACCAACACAUUGCUAGCUAAGUUGCUGACUGAUUUACUGUACACUAUCAAGGUUGUUAAUUGAUUGGAAUUGAUUAGAUCAAACCAUUUUUUAUGGCGAAAAGCAGGUAGGGUAGUGUAACACUCAUGUUCAGAGUACAGUCUCCUUGGUCUUGAAACUAGUAACUUCCAAAUCUCACUUUGAAAUAAAUAAGACAAUCAUGUAACAAUUCUCUAAAUCUCUGGUGACCUGGCCUGAUGUGUUAGACAGUACUUACUUUUUAUGGUAUAUGACAACUUAUUCAAAUGCGUGAAAUAAAUUGAAAGAGAAAUGUAUCUUCUAUUGAUAGCCUCGGUACCAACCUGGUCAAUAUAACAAUCAUGAGACGCACACAGAAAAACAGUCAGUCAGUCAGUUACCUGGAAUGUUGCCGUCUUGUUCGAUGGGCCACGUGUGGCAUAUACAACAUAUGUAAAGAGCUGAUGUACUACCAAAAUAAGUCUAAAUUUGUUCUUGCGUGUGGAAAGGAAAGUCCUAUUGUACAAUGUAAAUGAACUAGUAAACUUAAUUUAUUUUCUGCAUC